AUGGCAGACACGGAGCCCAGCCUCGUCGCCAGCGCCCUCGGCACCGCCGCCUACGCCUUCACAAAAGUGCAACCCCUCCUCCCCGUCUACGCCCACAUGAUCCUCGCCUCCCUCUUCCCCAUCUACGCCGCCGCCCACGCCUCGCUCACCCGCCCCUCCACCGCCGCGAAGCCCUCCAAGAAAAACCGGAAAGACCGCGCACGCGCCGCCGCCGAAGAUGAAGACAGCGACUCUGAAGACGAGGACGAGGAUGAGGAGCCGGAGAACGAGAUGGAAGGACUCUCACCGAGACAUAUCAUCUUGUUCCCGCUUUUCGCGGGGAUUUCGCUGGCGACGCUGUAUUUUUUGCUGAAGUGGCUCAAGGACCCGAGUAUACUGAGUAAAGCGCUUAAUGCGUAUUUUGCUGUCUUUGGGUUCUUUGCGGUUACGAAGUUGGUUAGCGAUGUGCUGGAUAUUGGGCAUUCGAUUAUAUUUCCAAGGAGACAUGUGCUCGGGGGCGCGCUGUACCAUGUCGACGGCAAGGCAGGGAGGGCUGUGCCUGUCGCGGGAGAUGUCAAGAACGGCAAGGUUAUCACAACUCCGCUGCCUGGUUUCCUCGCGAGGAUGCCGCUGGGAGACGGCGCGAAGGAAUGGCUCUGGGCUGACCGCGCGAUGCCCUCCAAUAAGUGGACACUGAAGCUGUAUCUCGAGCGCGCGCUGGCGGGCAAAGCUCGAGUAGGCGCGCACACGCUUGUUGGUGCCGUGGUAGCGCUGGCUACGCUCGUCUACUUCAACCUCGUGGAUAAAACAUGGUACCUGACGAACCUGCUGGGUUUCAGUUUCGCGUAUGGCAGUAUCCAAGUCAUCAGUCCGACGACAUUUGCGACAGGGAGUGCGAUACUCGUGGGGCUGUUCUUCUACGACAUCUACAUGGUGUUUUUCACGUACGUACUCUCCUCUCCCCUCCUUCACCCGCUUGCACAGGACACUGCUAACACCACUUCUUCCAGUCCUCUCAUGGUAACAGUAGCAUCCUCCCUCGACGUCCCCAUCAAACUCAUGUUCCCCAAACCCGGCACCGCCACCACGCCCUCGGGCAAGAACGCCGCUGCCAUGCUCGGUCUAGGCGACAUCAUCAUCCCUGGACUCAUGAUCGGCCUUGCACUGCGCUUCGAUCUCUACCUCUUCUACCUCCGCCGCCAGAAACGCGUCCCCGCAACAACUGAAGGAGCCGAGGACACGGUUGUAAAGGCGGAGUUUACACCCCUGGCAGGCCGCUGGAGCGACCAUUUCUGGACGCAUUCACUCAUGGGACGCCCGCUGUGGAAGUCUGCCGCACCCUUAGAAAACGGGAAAGAGGAAGCGCCGUUCACUUUUCCGAAAACGUAUUUCAAUGCCUCGCUAGUGGGCUAUGUAGGCGGUCUGGUCGCUACGUUCGCCGCGCUACAUCUCAUGAAUCACGCGCAACCUGCUCUUCUCUGGCUCGUCCCAGGCGUGCUGCUCAGUCUCUGGGCGACUGCGCUUGUAAGGGGUGAAAUCGCGCUGAUGUGGCACUACAGCGAGGAGAUUGUGGAAGAAGCGACGGAGGCGGGUAAGGAAGCGACGAAGAGGACGGGGCAGCUGUUCAAGGAGGAAGAUGUCAAUGCUGUUAGAAAACCGGCGACGGGGAAGUCGAGGAGGCCCGAGAGGGAGGUUUUUUCCUUUUCUAUUGAGGGGCCAAGGAAGGUUGGUCCGACGGCUGGAGCGAAGAUGGAGGGAAAGAAUGAGGGGAGUGAAGCAGGAAACGGUACGACUGUCCCCACGACUGUGAAGAGUCAGGUUUGGACUGGUUCUGAAGCGCAUAGUUCGGCGAGGGAAGAGGGCGGUGUUGAACCUGCUGGAAAGCGGCUUCGGGUUAGGUAG